AUGCAGAGAGCGGUCGUGUACGUGAGCGACUUCUUGCCGCCACCACCCUCGCCAACGGCGGGGCAGCGGCAGCCGCGCACGCACCCGCGGCUGGAGAGGGAAGAGGGGGCGGCGGAUGCCGCGGGCCCUCAACGUGAGAAGAAGAAGCGUGGGGUGCGGCCUUUUCCUGGGCCGUGGGCGGCGGCUCCGCCAGGGACGCGCCUGCGGAAGGGGAAGCGGCGCGACCCCGACGCGCCAUUCAAUCAUCGUGCACGGGUGUCGAAGCUGCGGCGGACGAUCCAUGCGGAGCGGAAGGCGGCGUUUGAGUCACUUCUGUCCUGCAGCGACGGCGCCCAGCCUCGCGAGCCGUCAGUGGGCGCCAGCAGCGACGGCGAGGAGCCUGAGAGUUUUGGCGGAGGCGCGUCCCCGACGUCCGUCGACGCGCCGGCGCAUGCACCCCAGCGGCAGCGGCGACAGCUGCGCAGAAUGCAGGGCCUUGUGGCGGAUCUGGAGGCGAUCUACGGCCGGCUGCAUCGGGCCAUGCGGGGGAGGGACUACGCGGGGGCGGGACAACACAUGCGCCACAUCCGACAGCUGAAAAAGCGCCUCAACGCCGCAGCGCUCAGGUGGCGCUCGAAUGCGAUGGCGGUGACGGACGCGGAGGAGGCCGCUCCAACCCUUUGCCUGCUGCGCCACGACGUGGGGGCCUCCAAGAGCGUUGCGGAGGGCGCUGCGGCGUCCAACGCUGUGAAGCUCGCGGGUGCCGCGGCGGAGGUGACCGGCGAACCGAAUUACUUUAGCUUUUACCCUUCGCUGGCGCAGGUAGGGGUGGGCUGCCACCCGCUCGCCGCAUGGAUCGAUUGCCGAAGCCACAGGUACCCGCGGCGUGUGGCGAGGGAGGAACUUUCCCGUUUCAUGGGUGCCGGGCCGGAGAAUGCGCAGGACGAGCAGGCAAGCUUGACGGGACCGGCCGUGUCCCCCACAGUGAACUUCGUUGGGGCGUACUGCACAAAUCUCCUAACCGAUGCCCUGGACGAUCUUGUCUUUACAAUCCUGCAGCAGCAGUAUCACCUGCAGCGACGCAUGAAGCAGGAGAAGCCGCUGCAGUUUAAGGCGAGGCGCUUCUACACGACCGGGCUUCGGGAAACGUUGAAGGGGCUACGCGCUGCCGCCACGCGUGUCCCUGUUGUGCUCCUCGCCUCAGAUAUUGAGGCGUGUGCAGGCUUCGACCAGAAGGGGCCUUGUGAUGCGGUGAGGGGGGCGACGGCGGCGGCCACGCACCCGCUGCCCGGCGGGAAGCGAAGGACGGUGCAGGAAAUGGGAAUAGUUGGGACGCUGGAGGAAAUCCGCUCACACUGCGCGUCGCGCGGCAUUCCACUCAUUACGUGCAUGAGCCGCCGCCGGCUCGCCUACGCGCUGUUUGCGAAGGGGUGCACCAUCGCAGCGGUGCUCCUGCACUCCGCGGAGGGGGUUCACGAGGAGGUGCGGGUUCUGCGGCACUACGCCCUGCGUCUCUCUGAGGCGUUCGCCGCCGUUGCUGCGGCACACGCGAACACCCCCGCGGCGUCCUGA